AUGUUUGUUACGAGAUCGUUAGUAUUUCCUGCUUGUUUCGUUGCAGUCUUCGUGUUUUGGAUAACCGGUUCAGGAGGAGUUUUCAUUUCAAAUUUGUCGGAGAGCUGCUACAGAUGCCUCUGCUACGUAUCCACAAAAUGUAAUCUUGCACACGACUGUACUGGAGGAUACUGUGGACCAUUUAAUAUAUCCAAGGUGUAUUGGGUGGAUGCAGGAAAGGUUGUGCACUCCGAAGAUACCCCGGAGAGGAGCCAUGCCUGGGAAGACUGCGCAAGAAACUAUCAUUGCUCAAAGAAAAUAAUCGAAGGCUAUUUAGAACGGUUUGGAAAGGACUGCAACGGUGAUGGCGUGACGGACUGCUUCGACUACAUGAUGGUGAACGGUAACGGUGGGUACGGUUGCACCAAGCCCCUUAACCGCUCAGUCAACGGACGACGGUGGCUUCUGCGCUACGAAGAGUGCACUUUAUAA